GAAAACAAGCUUUGACCAAUCCCCUGUAACAUCUGCGUCGCGCUUGGCGCGGCCGGCAUGACCGUUCCACACCGAUGGAGCAACAUAGCGCAGCCAAGUGGCUUCCUUAGCUUCAGUUCCAUGGCAAUUGAGCAUAGUGGCCUGCCUAGGUCCGGCCGCGUGCGAGCGUUGGUCCGGCGGGCCGGUGUGAUGAUUGCCCCCGCUGUAAUGAUUCUACUGUGGCUCUCGGCUUCGGCGCUUCCGAGCGCUGCCGCGUCGCAUGACCAGUACUACACAAUCUUUCGCGAGGAUAAGGAGUACGGCGCCGCUGCCGCCUCCUGCUCGGAGCUGGGCGGCCGGCUGGCGGGCCCCGUGUCCGCCCAGUCCGAUCCCUGGGAGGUGGCGGUGCUGCUGGCUCUGUGCGGUGACCGCACCGACGGCUGCUGGCUGGCCGAGGCCUCCGACCAGACCCCCAGCAGCAACACCCCCAGCAGCAACACCAGCAGCGGCUCCAGUGGCGCCCUACAGCGGCCGCAGCCCCUGCACUCCCCCGACGGCCGGAUCUGGGAGUGGUGCCCCUACGUCACCGUCUGCGGCCGCGGCCGCGGCAGCGGCGGCGGCGGCGGCGGCACAGGGGGUGCUGGAUCCGAUGCUGAUGACAAGACUGACGACAACGACGGCUGCAGUGACUUGCAGGCCGAGGACGGCAACACCCUGGAGGCCAUCCCUUGCAAUGGCGGCGCCGCCCAACUGGUGUAGCCGCUCCCUCGCCGCCAG